UGGGGAAAUUUAAGGUAAAAUUGAGGAUUUGAAGUGAAAUUUGGGGAAUUUGGGAGCGGAUAGGGAAUUUUUGAUUCAAGAAUUGGAAUUUGGGGUGACCGAAAGGGAGUUUUAGACCAAAAAUUGAUAAUUUUGAGUGAAAAUUGGGGAUUUUGAGUAAAAGAAUUCCCGAUUUUUAGGCCCCAAAAGCGAAAAGUUUUACUCCCCUCACAGCUAAGCCACGCCCCCAACAACCAAUCCCCGCCCUUUUUUCCUUCUCCUAGCAACCAAUCCCCGCCCUUUCCCCUUCUCCUAGCAACCAAUCCCCGCCCUUUCCCCGUCUCCUAGCAACCAAUCCCCGCCCUUUCUCCUUCUGCAAGCAACCAAUCCCUGCCCUUUUUCCGUCUCCUAGCAACCAAUCCCCGCCAUUUUUUCCUUCUCCUAGCAACCAAUCCCCGCCCUUUCCUCGUCUGCUUGCAACCAAUCCCCGCCCUUUCCCCGUCUCCUAGCAACGCGUCGCGGCCGUUGCGCGUCACUUCCGGCGGGUUCCAAGAUGGCGGCGGCGGGGCCCGGCUCGGUACCGGAGGCCCCGGGCGGCUCCGGGGCGGCCCCGGGCGGGCCCCGAGCGGCCCCGGAGGGAACCGGGACGGGAACCGGGCCCGGAAGCGGCACCGGCAGCGGCCGCGGAGCCCCCGGGGCGGCGGGAACGGGCCGGGAUGCCGAGGUGGCCGUGGAGAUCGGGGAGACGUACCUGUGCCGGCGGGCGGACGGGAGCUGGCACUCGGCCGAGGUGAUCCAGUCCCGCCUGAACGAGCAGGAGGCGCGCGAGGAGUUCUACGUGCACUACGUGGGCUUUAACCGGCGCCUGGACGAGUGGGUGCGCCGCGAGCGCCUGGCGCUCUCCAAGAGCCUCAAGGAGGCCGCCCAGAAGAGCUCGGAGCCGUUCCUGGCCGAGCUGGCCGAGCCCGAGCGCAAAAUCACCCGCAACCAGAAACGCAAGCACGACGAGAUCAACCACGUGCAGAAGGUCUGCGGCAAACUGGG